AUGCUCGCUGCCCGCCGCGCCUGGGCCGCCCUGGGCGCCCAAACCGCAGCACUAGACCGGUUGCCCGCGGCGGGGCUCCUGGCGGGGGCGCGGCGCCUGUCAGCACAGCCAGCGCCGGCGGCAGAGCACCACGACGACGAGUCUGCGGCCGACGAGUUUCGGGACUCGGUUCGCACCUUUGCCCAGGACUUUGUGGCCCCUCACGCCGCGGAGAUCGACCGGCUCAACGCCUACCCGCCAGGUUUUGAGUUCUGGCGGCGGGCGGGCGAGUGGGGCCUGCACGGCAUCACGGUGGCGGAGCAGCACGGCGGGCUGGGGCUGGGCUACCUGCAGCACUGCAUCGCCAUGGAAGAGCUGAGCCGAGCAUCGGGCUCAGUGGCUCUGUCGUACGGCGCGCACAGCAACCUGUGCAUCAACCAGCUGGUGCGCAACGCCAACCAGCAGCAGCUAGACAAGUACCUGCCGCAGCUGCUCACAGGCAAGGCCGCCGCCGACUCACGGCGACCUGCCUGGGAGCAUGUGGGCGCGCUGGCCAUGUCUGAGCCCAACGCCGGCAGCGACGUGGUGAGCAUGCGCAUGCGGGCGGAGCGGAGGGGCGACCGCUACGUGCUCGACGGUUCCAAGAUGUGGAUCACCAACGGCCCCAUCGCAGACACGCUGAUUGUGUAUGCAAAGACCAAGGCGGAUGCGGGGCCUCACGGCAUCACCGCUUUCAUCAUCGAGAAGGGCAUGCAGGCAAGGCGUGGGGCGGGGUUCAGCACCGCGCAGAAGCUGGACAAGCUGGGCAUGCGGGGCAGCGACACGUGCGAGCUGCUGUUUGAGGGCUGUGAGGUGCCGGCCGAGAAUGUGCUGGGGCAGGAGAACCAGGCGAGUGGUGGGGCGCCGGCGCGGCUGUGCAGACUGUGGGGCGUGUACGUGCUGAUGAGCGGCCUGGACUACGAGCGGCUGGUGCUGUCUGCGGGGCCGCUGGGCCUCAUGCAGGCCUGCCUGGACACGGUGCUGCCGUACGUGCACGAGCGGCAGCAGUUUGGGGCCAAGAUCGGGGAGUUCCAGCUCAUCCAGGCCAAGCUCGCCGACAUGUACACCACCACGCAGGCAGCCCGCAGCUUCAUCUACGCCACGGCACGCGCCGCGGACGCAGGCCGCGCCUCCCGCAAGGACUGCGCCGCCGUCAUCCUGUACUCUGCUGAGGCCGCCACGCGCAUGGCGCUGGAUGCCAUCCAGAUCCUGGGAGGCAACGGGUACAUCAACGAGUAUCCCACGGGACGCCUGCUGCGGGACGCCAAGCUGUACGAGAUUGGGGCGGGCACGUCGGAGAUCCGGCGCAUCCUGAUCGGCCGCGAGCUGUUUAAGGAGACCCGGCCCUAG